AUAAUACCUAAUAAAGCCACCCCGUACAAGAAAAGUGCUACAGAAAACCCCAGUCUCUCUUGUACCUUACAAACCACGAUGCCAUCUAAGACUCCACCUUCCAGCUUCUCUUAGCAGUAUAAAGAAGGUAGAAACUGUAUCUCUCUCUCCGUCCCUCCCUCUCUCUCGCUCUUUCUCUCCCCCCCCCCCCCUUUCUCUCUUUCAUCAUUUCUUCAUUUAAGCAAAUCUUCAAGUCUCUAAUAUCAGAGCUAAUCCUCAGAGCUGAGUCCUGGAUCCUGAGCAUCACAGUGUGUGAAACAGAACAGAACAGUGAAGCGCGAUGGCUGCAGCCGGGCUGGAGAUCCUGGGGAUGAUCCUGACCGUUGCCGGGUGGCUUGGCGUGAUGGUUGCCUGCUGUUUGCCCAUGUGGAGAGUAGCGGCGUACAUAGGCCAGAACAUCGUCAUCACUCAGAUCGUGUGGGAAGGUUUAUGGAUGAGCUGCGUGGUGCAAAGCACAGGGCAGAUGCACUGCCGUGUCUACGACUCCAUGCUGGGACUUCCCGAUGACCUGCAGGCUUCCCGGGCUCUCACUGUUGUAAGUACACUGCUUGGUGUGAUAGGCAUGGCUCUGGCAGUGGCUGGAGCAAAGUGCACCAACUGCACCUCAGACAGAGCGAACAAGCCGCGCAUUAUGUUGGCAGCCGGGGUGACGUUUAUAAUGUGUGGACUGAUGCUGCUAGUGGCCGUCUGUUGGACAGCUAACGGCAUCAUCCUGGAUUUCCACAACCCGCUUCUAGAGGAGACGCAAAAAAGGGAUUUUGGGAACUCGCUGUACUUCGGAUGGGGCGCCUCCUGCCUGUUGAUCCUAGGUGGAGCCAUUUUGUCUUGUUCCUGCUCCUCAAAAGCACAGAACAAUGCUGUGCCGAAAAGAGUGGACUACUCAGGGGUCAAAUCUGUCUCUGUGAAUGGAUUUGAUAGGAGAUACUAUGUUUGAGGGGUCUGAACCUUUGCACAUGAUGGAACUUGAGAGAAAAGCCAAGAAGACUGCUAAAUGACGGCAACAAGCAUGUCAUUAACAAAUUAUUGACUGAUGCUGAACUUUGAUUAACAACCAGGCAACUGUUUUUAUUUUCAUUUCAUUUCAUCUUAUAUUGUAUUUGUUAUUGUUGCAAUUACUUUGUCUUUUGAUCAAAGUUUUGCAUGAUCCAAAUGCUAAUAGGUGAAUAAUCAGUUGCUCUUUUAUAUCAAUGAAAUUAUGAUAAUAAAUGCAGGUUUUUCCAUGCAUAUUGCAAAAUGAAUGGUAACGUUUAUUUUGAGUCCACUUGAGACAUUUUAAUAACUAUAAGUAAAUUCGUAACUAACUGUCAUUAGAGUAUUAGUAAACUGUUAGGUUAAAUUUAUUUACAAGAAUAUGUUGAAAUGUAUGUGUAAAGUUACGUAUAGUGGAUUGUUAAAAUAAAGUGUUACCAUAUUAAUUUAUGGACAGACAUGCCUGAAUGUAUU